AUGAUAAAGUGUAUGCUCACAGUUUUAAAGAAGCUGCUCAAGUUGUCGAAAAGGUACAGCGUGGUCAUCAUCCUGCGAGCAGUGCAAUGCGAGGACGAAACGAUUGGCCCUAUAUUCAUGAAGGAACCCCCGAACCGAGUAGACUUUAGUAAUACGACUGGAGCUGUUGUCGAGUGUGCCGCUCGAGGAUCCCCCGCCCCUGACGUUAUCUGGGUACGAGCUGACGGAACCGCUGUUGGAGAUGUUCCUGGACUGCGACAGGUUUUACCGAAUGGAAAUCUGGUAUUCCCUCCUUUCCGUGCGGAAGAUUACCGUCAAGAGGUACAUGCUCAAGUUUAUGCUUGUCUUGCACGAAAUCCCGUUGGAACUAUUCACUCUAGAGAUGUUAACGUACGCGCCGUUGUCCAUCAAAACUAUGAACCACGAGUCAUAGAUGAAGACGUUCUUCGAGGGAACUCGGCUAUAGUCAAAUGUUCAAUCCCUUCAUUUGUAGCCGAUUAUGUCAAUGUAGUUGAAUGGGUUACGGACGAAGAGUCCCUCUCUGCAUUUUCGUUGAAUGACGCCGAAGGCAAUUAUGAGGGAAAAUAUUUGGUACUACCUUCUGGUGAAUUGCAUAUUCGUGAUGUAGGACCUGAGGAUGGUUAUAAAUCGUACCAAUGUAGAACUAAACAUAGACUAACUGGAGAAACUAGAUUAUCAGCAACUAAAGGACGUCUAGUUAUCACUGAGCCAGUUGGCCGUGUGUCACCUAAAUUUCCUUCGAUGGAUAGCUCAAGAAGCUUUAGUGCGAUGUUAAACACCAGCCUGACUAUAUUAUGUCCAGCCCAAGCGUUCCCAGUUCCAUUAUUCAGAUGGUAUAAAUUUAUCGAUGGUUCCGCUAGAAAGCAGCCCGUUGUCCUUAAUGAUAGAGUAAAGCAAGUAUCGGGCACCCUUAUCAUUAAAGAGGCUAAAGUUGAAGACUCUGGAAAAUAUUUGUGUGUUGUCAAUAACUCUGUUGGUGGUGAAUCGGUUGAAACUGUAUUGACUGUAACGGCUCCAUUGAAAGCUACUGUCGAACCCGCUACUCAAACCGUUGACUUUGGACGUCCAGCUGUAUUCACUUGUAGAUACGAAGGCAACCCUGUCAAAACCAUUACUUGGCUUAAAGAUGGAAAAGACAUGAACCAUCAUGACCCCAUCCUUAGAAUCGAAUCCGUUAAGAAAGAAGACAAGGGAAUGUACCAAUGCUUUAUCAGGAACGACCAAGAAAGUGCGGGUGCUAGCGCUGAACUGAAACUUGGAGGACGAUUCGAACCACCUCUGAUCCGCCAUAGCUUCGGUGAACAGACCCUUCGCUCGGGACCCUCUCUACGGCUCAAGUGCGUAGCUUCCGGCAACCCUACUCCCGAUAUUGUCUGGCAACUCGAUGGAGAGAAGCUGAACAGCGGAGAAAGACUUCAAAUUGGACAAUUCGUUACCGCCGACGGCAACGUCGAAUCGCACCUCAAUAUCUCUUCUGUGCACACUAAUGACGGAGGAUUGUACUCGUGUAUAGCGUCAAGCAAGGUUGGCAGUGCAUCGCAUGCGGCCCGAGUCAAUGUAUAUGGUCUGCCCUACGUGCGCCCCAUGAAGAAAAGACCCGUUGUAGCCGGAGACACCCUCAUCGCGCACUGUCCCGUGGCUGGAUACCCCAUCGAUUCUAUUGUCUGGGAACGAGAUGGACGUGUGCUACCAAUCAACCGCAAACAGAAAGUCUUCCCCAACGGCACACUUGUUAUUGAAAACGUUGAACGUAUGAGCGACCAAGCGACCUACACCUGCGUAGCCAAGAACUCUCAAAGUUACAGCGCUAGGGGAACUCUCGAACUACAAGUUAUGGUACCUCCUCAAAUACUACCGUUUGAGUUUGGCGACGAACCUGCAAAUGCCGGAGAUAUGGCUUCAAUAUCAUGUGCUGUAAGCAAGGGCGAUCAACCACUCAAUAUCACGUGGGUUUUCAAUGGAAACAUUGUAUCCAAGAGAAAUGAUUUGGGAAUCGUUCUCACGAAUGUAAAUAGAAAAACUUCAAUUUUAAACAUUGACUCUGUGAAUGGGAUACAUAGGGGUACUUACUAUUGUGUGGCGACAAACCCAGCUGGUUCCGUCAAUCACAGCGCUAUACUUGAAGUUAAUGUUCCUCCACGUUGGAUUUUGGAACCAACUGAUAAGGCAUUUGCGCAAGGUUCAGACGCUAAAGUUGAAUGUAAGGCCGAUGGCUUCCCCAAGCCCCAAGUGACCUGGAAGAGGGCUGAAGGGGAUACGCCUGGCGAUUACAAGGAUCUUAAACCAAACAACCCUAACGUUAAAGUUGAGGACGGAACAUUGACUAUUGCUAACAUUCAAAAGACGAACGAAGGAUAUUAUCUCUGUGAAGCUGUUAAUGGAAUUGGAUCUGGAUUGUCUGCUGUUAUUUUGAUAAGCGUUCAGGCUCCACCCCAAUUCGAAAUUAAAAUGAGAAACCAAACCGCCCGCCGAAGUGAACCCGCUGUCUUGCAGUGCCAAGCUAAAGGAGAAAAGCCAAUUGGAAUCAUCUGGAACAUGAACAACAAACGUCUUGAACCCAAAUCCGACCCACGCUACACCAUCCGCGAAGAAAUUCUACCUGGAGGUGUGGUUUCCGAUCUAAGCAUCAGGAGGACAGAACGAUCUGACAGUGCGUUGUUCACUUGCGUCGCUACCAACGCUUUCGGUUCUGAUGAUACAAGCAUUAACAUGAUUAUUCAAGAGGUACCCGAAGCUCCUUAUGGAUUAAAAGUACUAGACAAAUCUGGAAGGACUGUUCAACUUUCUUGGGCUGCACCAUACGAUGGUAACUCUCCAAUCAAGAAGUUCUUGAUCGAAUACAAACGCGCUAAGGGCAAUUGGGAAAAGGAUAUUGACAGAGUUCUUGUACCUGGAGACGCCACUGAAGCCGGAGUAUUCAGCUUAAGACCAGCAACUGCCUAUCACAUCAGAAUUGUAGCAGAAAAUGAGCUUGGAACUUCCGAACCCUCAGAGACAGUUACUAUUAUUACCGCUGAAGAAGCACCUACUGGCAUGCCACAAGACGUAAAAGUUGAUGCCGUUGAUAAGCACACGCUCCGAGUUACCUGGAAACCCCCUCCACCACAAGAUUGGAACGGUGAACUUCAAGGAUACUAUGUCGGUUACAAGUUGGCCUCUAGCAACAAAUCUUUCGUCUUCGAAACCGUCGAUAUCUCUAAGGAAUCCGGCAAAGAACAUCAUCUUGAUAUCUUCAACCUUAAGACUUAUACGCAAUACGCCAUCGUUGUUCAGACCUUCAACAAAAUGGGUUCCGGACCAGUGUCGAACGAAGUCCGCGCUUAUACCGCAGAAGGUGCGCCUUCAGCCCCCCCUCAGGACGUCCUCUGCACUACUCUUACUGCGCAGACUAUCAGAGUAUCCUGGGUGUCUCCUCCACUCGCCGCCGCUAAUGGAUUGAUCAAGGCUUACAAAGUCAUUUAUGGACCCAGCGACACCUGGUAUGAUGAGAAGACUAAAGACACCAAGAUCACCGCUAGCAGCGAAACCAUUCUUCACGGACUUAAAAAAUUCACAAACUACUCUAUGGAAGUAUUGGCUACCACUAACGGAGGCGAUGGCGUCCGCUCUGCCCCUAUCCACUGCCAGACUGAACAGGACGUUCCCGAAGCGCCGCGUGCGGUGAAGGCCUUAGUAAUGGGCGCUGACUCCAUACUGGUGUCGUGGCGUCCUCCCGCGCAACCCAAUGGUGUCGUCACCCACUACAACGUGUACACACAGGCACAGAACGCAGAACCACAUCCCAAUAAGGUACCCGCAUCUCAAACUAGCUAUUCUGCAACGGAAUUAAAAGCCGGCCGCUACGACUUCUGGGUGACCGCCUCUACCAUCAUAGGCGAAGGACAGCCCUCAGCUACCGCCUCUUGCAGCCCUAGCGACAAAGUACCUGCUAAAAUUGCAUCAUUCGACGAAUCGUUCACGGCCACUUACAAGGAAGACGUUAAACUGCCCUGUCUCGCUGUCGGCGUCCCUCCUCCUAAUAUUCUAUGGAAGGUAAAAGGGCAACCCCUCGAAGCAUCAGAACGCGUCCGCCAGCUGCCCGAAGGCUCGCUUCAGAUCGCAGGCGUGGCGCGUGAGGACGCUGGGGAGUACUCUUGUCAUGUUGACAACCAGUUCGGAACUGAUACCGUCACUCACACUCUCUCCGUACUCGCGCCCCCCUUCCCCCCUCAACUGAGCAUUGCGUCGUCGUCUGUUUCAUCGCUCACACUUCGCUUAAAACCAUCCGUGGAAGCCGAACAGUCCCCUGCCGCUGGAUACACGAUCCACUACAAGCAAGAAUUCGGCGAUUGGGAAACUGUACAGAUUCCAAGCAACACUGAUACGUAUACACUUGAAAACUUAUUCUGCGGCUCCAGAUAUCAGCUCUAUGUUACCGCUUACAACGGCAUCGGCACGGGCGAGGCGUCGGACGUGGUGAUCGCGCGCACGCGCGGCUCCAAGCCGCCCGUGCCGCGCGCGGCCGACUUCAUCGAGGUGGGCUCGUCCUCCGUCACGCUGCACCUCAAGCAGUGGCUGGACGGCGGCUGCCCCAUGAGCCACUUCGUCGUGGAAAACAAGAAGAAAGGAGCCGCUGAAUGGAACCAGAUCUCGAACGCCGUUAAACCGGGUGGAAACUUCGUCGUACUCGACCUCGAACCUGCUACCUGGUACGUUCUCAGGAUCACCGCUCAUAAUAAUGCUGGAUUUAACGUUGCCGAAUACGAGUUCGCUACAUUGACAAUGACCGGAGGCACAGUGGCGCCCCUGCCUGGAGACGCGACCGACCGAGACCUGCCUCCAUGGGCUCGCGCAUGGCUCGAACCGGAAGUUUUGGUCCCAAUCCUGGCCACGAUCGUAGUGUUCAUCGUCGGCAUGGUGGUCAUCUGCCUGACCCUGGCCAGGCGGAACACCCCCCACCGCCUGCGAGGUCAGAAGGACGCGUACUAUGACGCAGUAUACAGCGCAGCGGGAGGCGCGGGCGGCGCUGGCGGCACUCUUGACAAGCGAGGCGGAUUGAGAGACGAACUGGGCUACAUCGCUCCCCCCAACCGCAAGCUCCCCCCCGUACCCGGCUCCAACUACAAUACUUGCGACCGCGUCAAGCGUCAAGCUGUCAUCAUGGGCGCGCACUCGACGUGGGGCCCGCGCCGCCACCACUACGAGCGCGUGCGCCGCGCGCGCCGCGCCGGCUCCUCCGACACGCUGUCCACAGGCAUGGAAGAUGAGAUCUGCCCGUACGCCACGUUCCACCUGCUCGGCUUCCGCGAAGAGAUGGACCCCAGCAAGGCGAUCGCGUUCCCGCACCACCACCCGUCGCACGCCGGCACGCUGGCGCACCCGCACCCCCACCCGCACCCCCACCACCCCGCGCACUCCCGCGCCGGAUCGCAGAGCAUGCCACGAGCGAACAGCCGCUACGCCCGCAAGAACUCGCAAGGAGGACAAAGCGCUAUCUACUCUACCGCUCCCGAGUACGACGACCCCGCUACCUGCGCUGAAGAGGAUCAAUACCGCGCGCGCUACUCGCGGCCGCUGUACGCGUGCGGGCCGGAGUACGACGAGCCCGCGUGCUGCGCGCCCGAGGACGAGCAGUACACCGGCGCCUACGGCACGCCCUACUCCGACCACUACGGCUCCCGCCCCAGCAUCGGCACCCGCAAGUGCGGCGGCUCGCCCGAGCCUCCCCCGCCUCCCCCGCGCAACGCCAACACCGACAACAACUGCUCUUCCUCCUUCAACGAGAGCAAGGACUCCAACGAAAUCUCCGAAGCCGAAUGCGACCAGCCGCGCAACUACCCCGAAGACGUAAGGGCCCACACUGCCAAGGAUGGUUUGCACAGCGACGAAAUGAGGAAACUCAUUGACAGACCAGAAUCAAACACCCCAAUCCCCCAGCAAGCAGUCCACGGGCGGGGACUCACAGCCUACGAUACUGUGGCAGUGUAACCUGUAAGCGGGUUGACCGCCGACACACUGACGAAUAUUAUGUUAUACGUUUCGAACGACCGCACUCGCGAUGCGAC